GGGCCUGCCGGUGAUGGUCAUGGAGGGGCGGUUCCACGCCUACGAGGGCUACCCGAUCAGCCAGAUCACGCUGCCGGUGCGGGUGAUGAAGGCCCUCGGCGCCGAGCUGCUGGUCGUGUCGCAAGCCGUCGGCGGCAUGAACCCCUACUACAAGCCCGGCGACGUGAUGCUGAUCGAUGAUCACAUCAACCUCCUCGGCGACAACCCGCUGGUCGGCGUCAACGACGACCGCCUCGGCCCGCGGUUCCCCGACAUGUCGCAGCCGUACGACUUCGAGCUGCUGGCCGAAGGCCAAGCGAUCGCGCGGCGCGGCGACUUCGUCGUGCAUCGCGGCGUCAGUGUCGCGGUAUUGGGCCCUUGCCUCGAAACGCGCGCCGAGUACCGCUUCCUCCGCAACAUCGGCGCCGACGUGGUCGGCAUGUCCACCGUCCCGGAAGUCAUUACCGCGGUCCACUGCGGCCUGCGCGUCUUCGGUAUGGCGGUCGUCACCGACAUGUGCCUCCCCGACGCACUCGAGCCGGCCGUCGUCGAAGAAAUCAUCCGCAUCGCCAACUCCGCCGAGCCCAAACUGCGGGCGCUCGUCGAGGGACUAGCCGAUCAGAUCGACGCCGCGGCCGACGCAAUCCGCAGCGCCGCUCGCGGCUUAGCCUUUGGAAACGGGGCGGCAACGACCGGCGUCAUCCUCGGCUCGGGACUCGGCGCGCUGGCCGAUCGCAUCGACGACGCCACCGCGAUCCCCUACGCGGACCUGCCUCACUUCCCGCGCUCGACCGCAGCGGGGCAUGCCGGAAAGCUGAUCGUCGGCACGCUUCGCGACACGGGACGGCAAGUCGUCGCGCUACAGGGGCGUUUCCACCUCUACGAAGGUUGGACCGCGCAGCAGGCCGCCUUCCCGGUGUGGGUGCUCAAGCGGCUUGGUAUUGAAACGCUCAUCGUUUCCAACGCGGCUGGGGGGCUCAACCCGCAGUACAAAGUUGGCGACGUGAUGCUGAUCGACGAUCACAUCAACUUCAUGUUCAAGAACCCGCUAACGGGCGUGAACGACGAUCGCCUCGGCCCAAGGUUUCCCGACAUGUCGGCGCCGUACGACCGCGCACUGAUCGAAUUGGCCGAGUCCGUGGCGCGGCGUGCUGGCUUCUUCUGCCCGCGGGGCGUUUACGUCGGCAUGCUCGGCCCGACCUACGAGACUCGGGCCGAGUACCGCAUGGCCCGCCGCCUCGGCGGCGACGCGGCCGGCAUGUCCACCGUCCCCGAGGUGAUCGCCGCCCAGCACGGCGGCGUCCGAGUCCUCGGCCUCUCGACAAUCACCAACGCCUGCUCCCCCGACCAACUCGGCGAAACUAGCCACGAAGAAGUGGUAACCGCCGCCGCCUCAGCUGGUGAAAAACUCCGAGCGAUCGUCGAAGCCGUCGUUCUGCUUAAGUGA